AGCCGGGCGCGUCCUGCCGCCGCUCGCCCUCCGCGGCCCCGGGAGCGGCCCCGGUUGCGCCGCCGUGGCAACGCGCGGGGGGAUCCGGGAUGUCCUCGUCGCCCGCCGAGGAGUGCCGGUCGCCCGUGGGGCUGGACUGCUGCAGCUGCUGCCUGGACUUGGCCAACCGGAGCGGGCUGGAGGAGGGGGCCGGGGGCGAGAACAACAACCUGGGCAGCCCCACCGUCAGCAGCUUCCGGCAGCUGCAGGAGCAGCUGGUCGGCAAGAACCUCAACACCGACAAGCUGAGCUCCAUCAUGCGCCAGGACUCGCUGGAGCCCGUCGUGCGGGACCCCUGCUACCUCUUCAACCAGGGCAUCUGCAACAGAAACAUCGACCAGACCCUGCUCUCUAUCCUCCUGCUCUUCCACAGCGCCUCCGGAGCCAGUGUGGUGGCCAUUGACAACAAGAUCGAGCAGGCAAUGGAUCUUGUGAAAAAUCACCUGAUGUAUGCAGUGAGGGAGGAGGUGGAGGUCCUAAAAGAGCAAAUUAAGGAACUGUUGGAGAAAAACUCCCAGCUGGAGCGAGAAAACAGCCUCCUGAAGACCCUUGCCAGCCCUGAGCAGCUGGAGAAGUUCCAGUCCCGGCUCCCCACGGAGGUGUUGUGCCCGGAGGAGCAGAGCCCCGGAGUGGCUGCCCCGGCCCAGCACUCCCGGGGCUCUGCGGUGUAAGGUGGCUCUGUCCUCGGGGUGGGCAGAGCCACAGAACUCUUUCUACUUAAUCUCCUGCAAAAAUCGUUUCCACCUUCAUCUCACACGAAGGACUGCGAGCCCCCGGCGCUGAGGCGUGCCCCCGGCGCUGAGCCGUGCCCCCCCCGGGCAGCCCUGGCCAGCCAGCAGAGCCAGCGGCCGUCUCCUGCACCAGGAUGCUCUUCUGCCAGGGAGACGUGGGCAUCGGAGCCCUCCCCAUCCAGCCACCCGCCAGGAGCUGCCCUGUGCCUGCCCGUCCCGGGCUCUGCCGAGACCUGAGGAUCUGCCACACCGCGGCAGCGCCAGGCAGCCUUCGGCGCUUCCGUGAGGAUGGAGGGUCGGAGGAAGCUCACGCCACGGCCCGUGCCUUGGCUGCACUGGCCAGGGAGGGGGGUGUCUCUUUCUGGCAAAGCCUGACGUUGGAGGAAGAUCGUUGUUUAGUGAGCGAUGCAGAUUUGUCCCGCCAGCCCACCCAGGAGCGCGUUGGAGCCCAGAGCUGGCUGUGAGCGGUUGUGGUGUAGUGCGUGGCUGUACACACAUCAGUGUGGGGAUUACAAAGAGGAAAAACCACCGACAGCAGAGCUUGUUCUGGUAGCCUGGGCAUCUUCUGUAGCUGUUAUCUUUGUGUGAACACCUGUGCCAGCCCUGCCUGCCCUGCUCUGGGCCAGCCUGGAGGCAAGCCUGGAAGGACAAGUGGCUGCAACUGGGUAACCAGCCCGUGCUGGGAGAGGCACCAAGGAGGGGAUGGACUCACCCCUCUACCUGGCAGCCACCGUGACCGAGCACAUGGGCUGACCCCCUGGCACAGGGGCUGUGCUCCAGCCUGCUGGGGUGGGGGGAGCCGGCCUGGGCUCCCCACCUUCCCUGGCCAGCUCUCUGGGAAGCAACGGGACGUCCCUUUCGACGUCAGAAGCGGUGACACAGUUGUGUAAAUCUAGGUAGAAAUGGCAAUAAAAUCAACAUUUUUGUAUAA